GGAAGCGAUUCAAAAGAAAGUAGACCUUGGGAUAUGAUUAAGGAUUCAACUUUAAUUAGAGAUGCUACCCUUUCAUACGAAGUUCACAUGGCAUCUCUGUUUGACUGUACAUAUAGCCCUGCUGCAAAUUUAGUUGCCAGCUUAUGUGGAAGAGAAUAUGAGCUGUACCUUGAAUCGUGCCUGCUUUCAAGAGGACUAUGUUUUAAAACUGAAUUUGAUUUGAGAGAACUAAAUUUUUCCAAGACUCCUGAUAUAUUGCUGGAUGUACCAUUUGCUUUUAAUAAUUUUGUCAUUAAAUGGAUUGAGAGCAAAGCUUGUUUUGGUGAUGAAUUGGUUCAUGAUGAAUACCUUUCUAACCAAUACCAAUAUUAUUUUAGGUAUGGCCCAGGUCUGGUGAUUUAUUGGUUUGGAUUUGUAGAAUCUAUCAAGGGAAUUCGAGAUAAACUCUUGAUAGCUGACAAAUUCCCUGGGAAAAUUGUUAAAAUAGGUUAAAUUUAAAAGUGUUUUUUUUUUUUU